AUGAGGAAACUGAGACCCAAAGAGAAACAGUAACUUGCCCAGGGUCACUUCCAACAUGCUGACUCCUGCCAUGAUAUUUCUGUUGCUUGUAUCUGUGGGCCUCAUGGAAGCACUACAGGUCCAGGGUCACUUCAUCACUGGAAGAGAACUUUUCUCUCAAGAAAUGCCCCUGGACAUGGCCCCAGCCUCCUUUGAUGACCAGUACGCCGGCUGUGCAGAGGCCAUGAUAGCUGCUCUCCCGGAUCUCAACCUCACAGAGUUCCAGACCAACAAAGUGUAUGCAGACGGCUGGGCAGUGGCUAGCAGUCAGUGGCAGGAGCGCCAGGCCUGGGGGUCACAGUGGGGCUUCAGCCCUACCCGCCCACCCCCACGACCCUUCGGCUUUCGCGAUGAGCAUGGGGUGGCUCUCCUGGCCUACACAGCCAACAGCCCCCUGCACAAGGAGUUCAAUGCAGCUGUGCGAGAGGCGGGCCGCUCCCGGGCUCACUACCUCAACCAUUUCCCCUUCAAGACACUCCAUUUCCUGCUGACCGAGGCCCUGCAAGUACUAGGCAGAAGCCAGCGUCUGCCCCGGUGCCACCAAGUGUUCCGAGGGGUGAACGGUCUGCGCUUCCGGCCAGCGGGGCCUGGGGCCACCGUCAGACUGGGGGGCUUUGCCUCUGCAUCCCUGCGGAACGUUGCCGCACAGCAUUUUGGUGAGGACACUUUCUUUGGCAUCUGGACCUGCCUUGGGGCCCCUAUCAAGGGCUACUCCUUCUUCCCCAGUGAGGAGGAAGUACUGAUCCCCCCCUUCGAGACCUUCCAGGUGAUCAAUGCCAGCAGACCUGUCCAGGGCCCUGCCCGCAUCUACCUCCGGGCCAUGGGCAAGCGCAGUACCUACAACUGUGAAUACAUCAAAGACAAGAGGUGCAAGUCUGGACCCUGCCAGUUGGAUAACUCAGCCAUGGGUCAGGGUCCCCUUUCUACAUCCUGGUUCCUUCUACUGCUGCUGUGGCACCUUAUAGGAGAGGCCUUUCCAGGGUGUCUAGGCCUCCUCUGA